ACGAUGGCGGCAGCGCCGAGCGGAUCGCCGUUGCCCGGCGUCGCCCACUGCGGCCCACUCCCCAGGCUCGGAGGCCUGGCCAGAACCGGGUCACUCGCACCGCCCUGUGUCCCGCCCCUGCGCUUCGCCGUUUUUCCUCCGGGCGCCCGAAGGGACUCGGUGCUGCCUUCCCCCGUGCCCCCUCCCUCGGGCCGUAAGGGUGCGGCCAACGAAGGUGCCCGGGCGACGCCGCAGGCCGGAUCCAGGCACCCGGCCCUCUCCCCGCCCGGCUGUGCGAGAAUGGAACGGCCCACGGUCCGGCUUCACCUGCCUCUGGUUAUCGGUAGCGUGCAGCUCUGUAAGGAGGGCCCCUCAAGAAUUGCCAGUCUUCAAUUCAUCACCUGGAAUGGCAUUUUACCCUUCUCGGCGAAGAGAAAAUAACAAGAACAUUAAAAUGGGGACGAGGAGUGAAGAACAGGUGAAGGAAAGGAGACAUGUCGCUGAAGUUUGCUGUUAACUCUAGUUACUGUGCGGAAAAUUUUCCUCAUACCUUCACUUACACCUUCCUCACUGGUUUCUGUAGCCAACGUGUUUAUAUAAAAAUAAGACUGGGAAGCCAGAAAGGUUAGUGUACAGAAUAUUCUUAGAACUAUAACAGAGCAACUAAUGAGGCCCUGUAUUAGGUUUUGUCGAUUUUGUGGCUGUGCCUUUGCUAAAACAAUCACAGUCAUCUCUCCGUGCCUUAAUACCUGCUGGGAAUAAUUUGCCUUUCUGCUGGUUGAAGUUA